AGUUAUUGCAGCUGCAGGAGGCUGUCUGUAUGAGAUAAUCUCUGACAGUGUGUCGAUAACACACGCCGUGCUCUGCGGUGUCUCCUCUGCUGCUCUGAAAUUAGUUCUGACACAUAAAGGAGGAUGUCUGCGACUGUGAAGAAUCCUUUUCAACAUAUAGUUGAGCAUCUGGACCCAGAUGAACCAAAUGAGCAGUUUUACAAUCUUACCAAACUUGCAGAUCCCAGAUAUGACCGUCUGCCCUUCUCCAUCCGUGUCCUCUUGGAGUCUGCCGUCAGGAACUGCGAUGAGUUUCUGGUGAAGAGCUCAGAUGUGGAAAGCAUCCUUAACUGGAAGGAGACUCAGACUCAGACUGUGGGUCCUUUCAGACCGGCCCGCGUCAUCCUGCAGGACUUCACUGGCGUCCCUGCUGUCGUGGACUUUGCCGCCAUGCGUGAUGCGGUGAUGAAACUUGGCGGUGACCCGGAGAAGAUUAAUCCUGUUUGUCCAGCUGACCUCGUCAUCGAUCACUCCAUCCAGGUGGACUUUAACAGAAAGUCGGACAGCGUUCAGAAAAACCAGGACUUGGAGUUUGACAGGAACAGAGAGAGAUUUCAGUUUUUAAAGUGGGGCUCGAAGGCGUUCAGAAACAUGCGAAUCAUUCCUCCGGGGUCAGUUGUUCAUCAGGUCAACCUGGAGUACUUGGCUCGAGUGGUGUUCAAAUAUGAAGGCUUCUUUUACCCCGAUAGCCUGGUGGGCACCGACUCCCACACCACAAUGAUCGAUGGACUGGGAGUCCUAGGAUGGGGCGUCGGAGGAAUCGAGGCGGAGGCUGUGAUGUUGGGUCAGCCGAUAAGUAUGGUGCUCCCUGAGGUGGUGGGAUACAAGCUGAGUGGGACCCCCGACACGUUCAUAACCUCCACUGACAUUGUCCUCACCGUUACCAAGCACCUCCGUCAGGUAGGCGUCGUGGGGAAGUUUGUGGAGUUCUUCGGCCCCGGUGUCGCUCAGCUGUCCAUCGCUGACCGAGCCACCAUCGCCAACAUGUGUCCGGAGUACGGCGCCACCGCCGCUUUCUUCCCCGUGGACGACGUCAGCAUACAGUACCUGGAGCAGACCGGGCGAGAUGCGGAGAAACUGGCCUACAUCACAAAGUACCUGAAGGCGGUGUCGAUGUUCAGAGACUACAACAACAUCUCUCAGGAUCCAGAUUUCACUCAGGUUGUGGAGCUGGAUCUGAGUGCCGUUGUUCCCUGUUGCAGCGGUCCAAAACGACCCCAGGAUCGAAUCCCAGUGUCCGACAUGAAGACCGAUUUUGAAUCCUGCCUGGCAGCAAAGACGGGUUUCAAAGGUUUCCAGGUGUCUCCUGAUCGUCACAACUCGUCCGUUCCCUUCCAGUUUAACGAAAAAGAGUUCACGUUAAGUCACGGCUCUGUGGUCAUCGCCGCCAUUACCAGCUGCACCAACACCAGCAACCCGUCCGUCAUGCUCGGAGCAGGACUCCUUGCUAAGAAGGCGGUGGAGUGCGGCUUGAGCGUGAAGCCGUACAUCAAGACGAGCCUGUCGCCGGGCAGCGGGGUCGUCACCUAUUACCUGAAGGAGAGCGGAGUCAUGGACUACCUCUCCAAACUGGGCUUUGAGGUGGUCGGCUACGGCUGCAUGACGUGUAUAGGAAACAGCGGGCCGCUCCCAGAGCCGGUGGUGGAGGCAAUAACACAGGGCGAUCUGGUCGCAGCAGGAAUCCUCUCAGGAAACAGAAACUUUGAAGGCAGAGUUCAUCCAAACACCAGAGCAAACUACCUAGCUUCUCCUCCGCUCGUCAUCGCCUACGCCAUCGCCGGCACCGUCAGGAUAGACUUUGACAAAGAGCCCAUUGCCGUUAACUCUGAGGGCAAAGAGAUUUUCCUGAGGGACAUCUGGCCCACACGAGAGGAGAUCCAGGCCGUGGAGAGGACCUUCGUCAUCCCGUCCAUGUUUAAAGAAGUCUACGAGAAGAUAGAGAAAGUGAACGAACGCUGGAACUCUCUGGUCGCUCCGUCUGAUAAACUCUACACCUGGGACUCCAAUUCCACCUACAUCAAGUCUCCACCUUUCUUCGAUGGUUUGACCAGGCAGCUCCAUCCUCCUAAAUCCAUACAGGACGCCUUCGUGCUGCUGAACCUGGGCGACUCGGUCACCACCGACCACAUCUCUCCUGCAGGAAACAUCGCCAGGAACAGCUCUGCAGCGCGCUACCUCACCAGCAGAGGAUUUGACCCUCGGGACUACAACUCGUACGGCUCACGGCGAGGAAACGACGCCGUCAUGGCCAGAGGGACAUUUGCAAACAUCCGCCUGUUCAACAAGUUCCUCAACAAGCAGGCGCCUCAAACCAUCCACCUGCCCAGCGGAGACACGCUGGAUGUGUUCGAUGCUGCCGAGCGGUAUCAGCAGUCCGGAGUCCCUCUGCUGGUUCUUGCGGGGAAAGAGUACGGCUCGGGCAGCUCCAGAGACUGGGCAGCAAAGGGUCCGUUUCUACUGGGUAUUAAGGCUGUUAUAGCAGAGAGCUACGAGCGGAUCCAUCGCAGUAACCUGGUGGGGAUGGGAGUGAUUCCUCUGGAGUAUCUAACCGGAGACACGGCUGACAGCCUGGGCCUGACGGGACGAGAGCGCUACACCAUCAUCAUCCCCGAGCCGCUCACGCCGCGCAUGAUCGUCGACGUCAAGGUACCUCGACACGGGAAAACAUUCCAGGUGAGGAUGAGAUUCGACACGGAUGUGGAGCUGGCGUAUUUCCACAACGGAGGAAUCCUCAACUACAUGAUCCGAAAGAUGUCCGAAAACUAAACCCAACAAACGUGCUGAGUUCAGCGGAACAGCAGGAGAGUCGGGCUUCUGAUCCUCAGCUGGAGUCCAAUAUGGCGUUGCUGUUUUGAAGAAAACUGUCUGAAAAUAAUCGAAUCGUUGUCGUGAGUUUGGAGCAGAGAGACAUUUAUACUGUAGCUGGAUGACAUCAUUUCCUCUUUUCACUGAGAACGCUGCUACUUCCUGUGAUCACACAGCAGACCUAAACUGAAAUAUGAGCGCCCUCAGAGGCAAGAGAGACGAAAACACCUACUGGUGAUUCAGUUUCUAAGACGUUAAAAAAUCAUAUCCACGUCCAGGCAGGGGGGAAGUUUCCCAUGAUCAUAUUCCUCGUUAUCAGUGAAGGGGGGGGGGGGGCACAGGCCGGACUCGAACCCAGGCCGCCUGCCUGGAAGACCACAGCAUCCACCAAUGCACCACCAGCACCCCAGGAAGGUCACUUUUAAGUCGAAAGCAAAAGAAAAAAUCCUCCUUAGAAAAAAGAUCCCCAGAACAUUUGAAUCUCUCUUGCCUCUCUGGACUAGAGUACUGAAUCUAUAGACGAUAUAUAAAUAUAUUUACUUAAUCUACAACGUGUAUAUUUUCAGUGAAAGGUAUGAUGAUGAUUUUAACUCCUUCCUCACGCUCGAUAAACGUUCUCACAUUCCACACUUUAUCGUGAAGUGGUCUUUUUGUCUCCAUCUCAAGUUAACGUUAACGACUGCCUUACUUUAUAAUCUGACUGUGUGUGCGCCGUCUUCUUCUUUGUCAUCAAAUGUUAGUUAUUAGAUCGUAGAGAGAGACCUGAUCAUGUGUCUGUGUAACGUCUCAUGUUCAUCACACUGUGUGAAUGCUUUCAGCCACAGAUGACUGACACUUCAAUAAAAUGUGAUUCUGUUCUUG